AUGGAGAACAAGGAAUUUGGAAAUGUCGCCAAUGCGAUUGGACCUACACAGAGGGAUCUUUGUUAUGUUUUGAAACCAAAGGUCAGUCCAGUGUUAGGGUUUCUUGGGCCAACAUCAUUCUUAGCUGCAAAUUCAUCACAUCAGCUGUUUCCACUAUCCGCCUUAUUUGGCUCUGAGUCAGCUGAUGCGGAACCUCAUGUCCAUGGUUCCCAAACUGCGGGCUGCUUCAACGGGGAGAAAAAACAGUCAGAAUCUGAAAACGGUUCAACUUCUGAGGAUAACAAAAGGUCCCCUGAAAUCGAACAAGUUCAAGAUGUUGAUUUCUCUACAAACCUGGAUCAACCCACUGGUGAUGUGAUAGAGGAGGAGCUGGAAUAUGAAGAAGGGUUGGGUUCAAAGCCGGUUUCUCACAGUGAAAGUGUUGAGAGGUUAAUGACUCAGCAGCGGCCUCUAGAAGAAGCUACCGGCGAUUCCAACUGGUUCAAGUCAAUAUUUCGAUUUAAGAAAAAAGAACCAGAUGUUCUGCAAGUUGGGGAAACGUCUAGUGUCCCGGAAGCUAACCGGCCGCGUGGUAACCUAAGCCUUCCGGGAGGGGAUAUGACAGGCUCUACUGCAAAUACUCCAUCAAAAGCCCCAGCCUUUGUUCAGGGUGGUGCAGUCAAUUCAACUCAAGUUGCAAAGUCACCUGAUACCAGCAAAGUUGUCAACAAUGGAGCGGCUAUUGAAGACGGGCAAAAGUUUCCGCCUCCUUUGACGGAGGAGCCAAAACUGCAAUACGUCAGCAAGGUUGAUGCUAGUGCAGCAGAGGGAAAAAACACGUCAGACACAGGACGUCUCACCCCAAUCGAACCAUCCCGUCACAUGAAUAUAUCAAACAACGUGACUUCUGGACCGGAUGGAAUAAGAAUAGAAACUAUACUUCAUGCAGAAGGUACUCAUCCGUUUGAAGAAACAGAAAGUUCUGUCACUACAAAGCCAGAUUAUGGUGUGGCCAAUGUUACAGGUGUGGUGGACACAGGUGCCAGAGGAGACAUCACCGGUCCAUCAAGUUCUGAAAUUGAUAUUCCACCAGUGAGUUCGCUGGAAGAAGAGACUCUAGGGGAACCAUUAUUGAGACCAGUUGUUGAAGGACCAGUUGUUGAAGGACGUAAACUGGAAAUACUGAAAAGCAUUGUAUACGGAGGUCUAAUAGAAUCCGUCACAAGCCUCGGUGUUAUCUCAUCUGCUGCUGGUUCUGGUGCUUCAAUGUUGAACAUUUUGGUCUUGGGGAUUGCAAACUUGCUGGGUGGGCUUAUUCUCAUCAUUCAUAAUCUCCAAGAACUUAGAGAUGAGGAACCCAGAAGAACGACAACAGAGAAUAACCAGACCAACGGUCAAGAAGAAGGUCGGUACAAGCGACUCCUUGGACGAAGAGACAAUUUCACGCUUCACGCAUCAGUCGCAAUCUUAUCCUUCAUAAUCGUCGGACUACUCCCUCCUGUGGUCUACUAUUUCUCAUUCAACAAAAGUUACAAUAAACACACCAAAGACUACAAAGUCGCAUCAGUUUUCGGGGCAUCUCUUCUAUGCAUCGUCUUGCUAGCCAUAGCUAAAGCUCACGCGAAAACCCCAAGAGGCAGCUACCUGAAGAGCGCUCUGUACUAUACGAUGAUUGCUGUAUCGGUGUCAGGGAUUUCUUACGUUGUUGGUAACUUUGUGGAUCAGCUGCUUGAGAAGUACGGAUGGUCUGAUGGAACUGAAACUCCGGCUGGAGAGAUGAUGCUUUCACUUAUGGGGAGAAAAGCCGGUAGCUUCGGAUACUCAUCAUCGUACUAA